AUGCCGGACGAGGAUCUCCUCCCCUUUUCCGGGGGUCCGAGCUGGCCUUCCAACUUUAACUUUGGCACUGGCAUCGCCCCUGACCGGACGCCGGCCCCUCCGUCGAUCACCGGCGCCGAGGCCGCACCACCUCCGGCAACCGAAGUCAUCCAAGUCCAAACUGCCCGCACACGCUCCCUGCGGCCCGUUAUCGAUGUCAUCUCCCGACUGACUCGGGCACGGCCAACGCCAACACACUCGCAUGCACCGCCGUUGGAGGUUACUCUCCCGCUUCAUGUCUGCAUCCGCGAUUCCAUGGAUGCAUUCAUCUCGGAUCAUGGAUUCAGCUCCGAGGAUGACCACCUGAUGGAUGAGGACCGGUCUGAUGGCGAGGGGUGCACUGGCCUCGACUGGAAGAACUCGGCCACGGCCACGCAAAUGUCCCGAGCCGUGUUGGACUUCGAGCACUCGCUGCUUCUUGACUACCUCCUUCUGGCCCCGGUUGAGGCCCUCUUGCUGCCGGCCAACGGUAUCGACAAUCUUGUUCUCCAAAGGCUUCUGGGUUAUAUUGCGGCUGCGCUUGCGCGUAAAGCCGCCGUGGUGACCCCCCCUGCGCCAAGUCUUGGUUUCGACUCCCUGCGCCAUCUGGAUCUAUCGCAGAACACCAUCCCAGCCAGCGAGGCCGCCUACCUGGCCCUGCUUCUCCGGCCUAAGUCCCUGGAUUCCUGGGCCCGGCUCGCGGACACCGACGACCCCCUGCUCGAUCGUUACCGGUCUCUGCUCGGUGUCUCGGCCGAUCAAUUUGGCUCCAGCAUGAGUGACGACUUUGAUGACGAUGACUUUGACGAUUACUCGGACGAGUUUGAUGAUGAUGAUGAUGAUGAUGACGACGACGACGACAGCCACAACGAUGGGGAUAGCAGCAGCGUCAAAAGCGAGGAUCUGGGACGCGACGCCGACAGGCACACCGCCACGGCCAUGACCACCCCGAAUGCGCCAGCUGUUGCGUCGGCCGCCCAGCCGGAUUCCUCUUCGCCGGUGAGCAUUUCACCAAUGGCCAGUCGGGUGUUCUCCCUGGCGCCGAAGCUGGAGAGCCUCCAAAUCAGCGAUGCCAUUGAAAACUCGGUUUCCCUGGAAUUGCUGCUGACCGCUUUGUCGGGCGACCACCCCUCCCGGGCAUGCGAGGCGUGCCAGCGAUUCAUGUCCCGCCACCCCGGGACUUAUCCCUCGCCGGAGGACUGCACCUGUAAUGGGGCCUGGCGUGGGGCUCCCUUCCCUGGGCUGCGUCGCUUGGACCUCAGCUACACCCUCUUCAAAGCGGGCCCCCUGCUGCCGGCCUUUCUGAAGUCGCGGCUUUUCUUUGCCCCGCGCCACCCCCCCGCCGGGCGUGGGCUCCAUUCGCGCGGCGACACCUCGUCCAAAUCCUCCUACUCCGGCAGCGACGACGAUCCCGACUCCUACCCCUCCGAGGACGAGUACCUGGAUGGGGCUGACCUCGGGAGCGGGUUCUCCUCCUUUGGCAGCGAUGUCUCAGACGACAGCGAUCAUGGGGGGCUGUUCAACGAUGGCUCGGGCAUGGGGAUUGCCCAGCUUUCCGGGCACCUGGGCCGGCCCCCGGCCUUGGCGCUGCCCCUGCUGUCGGAGCUGGACAUCACCUCCACCAACCAGAGCAACAAUUCCUUCUACUCGCUGUGCUUCGCUCUCGAAGACCGCCAAGAGGUGGCGGCCAUGCGAUACUACUCUCGAUGGGUGGACCCGGCGGGCGAGGGUCUUGGCGACGAGCCUCCGGCCAAUGCCGACUUCUCCGGCGGCCGGGGCCUGGCCACCCUGCACUUGGGCGAGAAUGCCAUCUCCGAUGCUUGCCUGGCCAAUGGGUUCCUCAAGCUCUCCGGCGUGACGGGCUUUUCGCUGGAUCACACGGCGCUGUCUACGGCCGGCAUCAUUGCCCUGGCCAUGCGCGUGGCCCCGAGUGGGACAUUCACCGGGGAGCUCGGGUCGCAUGUCAAGCUGCGCCUGCUGCCCGGAGCCGCGGACUACCGGCCAUACCUGCCGGCUGGGCUUGAGUUCCUCCCGGCUGCGUCGGCUUCCACGGCUCCGCCGCUGCCUUUGCGGCAUCUGUCGCUCUCCGGCCGGCAGGUGACCGUCCCGCGGCUGAUCCCCCUGUUCUUCGCGUUGAACAUGGCCGCGGCCCCGAUCAUCGGCCCCAGCGACAUGGCCAUCCUCCAGCGGAACAGUCGCCAGACCUCGGCCGGCCCACGGGGGAUCGUCCUGCCGGAUGAGGCGCUGGCCUCCUGUGCCCCGACCUGCCCGGUGGGUCCUCUGCAGUCCACUCCCCAGGGCCUGGCCGGGCGGGCGUACGCACGUCUGGCCGCAGAUGCCUCGGCCGCCGAUCAGGCGGCCCUUGGCCAAGCUUGGGCUGACCAGUGGUCGCGCUUGGAAGCCCGUGGCUUGUCCCUCUCCUUGCCAUACUGCGGGCUGGAUGACCAGGCGGCCGGCUGCCUGGCCGAUGUGCUGGAAUCGUCGGCACUCGGAGCCGCCUCGCGCCGGGGGACGCUUCUUCCCUCUUGCGGGCGUCUUUGGCUGCGUGGCCUGGUGGCCCCCUUCAACCGCAUGACCGGCCAGGGGGCCGAGCGCCUGGCCGAUGCCCUCCUGGCCGUUGGCCGACUGGGCUGGCGGCCCCCGGCCGAAACUCCCCGGGGCAUUGCCACGGGCUGCUCCGCACACUGUGAGCAGGCCCCGGCCAGCCUGCGACACCUGUCCCUGGCGCACAAUCCCCUCGGGGCGGAUGGGGCCCUGGCCAUUGCGUCGGCCCUGGCACCGCCCUGCUCCGCCUGGCAUCGGUGCCACCCGGCACGUCGGAUGCCCUCGGAGGCGGCCUUCCUCCAAGAGCGGGCGGCCGGCCGUGCCGGCCCGGCCCUGUCUCGUGCCACCAGCAUCAUCUACCCGGAGGAUUCGCCAUUCGCCUUCUUGGACUCGGAUGCCGAGGACAUGCCCUUCCUGCAUGCCUUCCUGGUGGAGCGUCUGCCUUGCGCCUGUGGCCCGGGAUCAGGUGCCGGGCUUCAUGCCGGGACCGGCGAAGAUGAGGCAGAUGAGGAUGACAAUGACUACGAUGAGGAUGAGGAUUUCCACCUCCUCGAGCCGAGCAUCCUGCUGAAUGCCUCUGUGCGGCAUUUGCCCGGCGAGGGCACCGGCACGCGGGUUCGCUUGGCCCUGCCGUUGCCCAUCAACAGUGCUUCCUGGUUUGCCGCACUCACCGACCUCUCGCUGGCCGGGGUGGGCCUCGACGACCGGGGGGCCUGUGCCAUUGCGGACUUCCUGCAGUUGCGUGUGUCCCAAUGGGCACGCGCCCUGGCUCGAUGCCCGGAAGCUGGGGCCCGGGCCGACAGCCCGACGACCGGCAUGUCGGAGCUCGGGGGCACCCUCCAACGGGUGGAUCUCUCCCACAACGCCAUCACCAGCACCGGGGCCAUUGAACUGUUCCGGGCUCUGACCCUGGCGAUUGAGGUGGAUCCCCUGGCGGGCCCUCGGUCGCCGACUGGCGGGUCUCGCUCGGCGGUCAGCCCUGGGGCGCAUCGCCCCCCGCGGCCGCGGGCCCCGCCUCCGCCGCCACCUGCUCCCUGGCAGGCGACCGGGUCGGGAGACCAUGGCCUUCCGUCGCCCGGGCCGCUGUUGUUGACGUCGCCCUUCCGUCCGCAGGCCGAUCCGGGGAGUCUGUCGCCGGCGCUGGCCAGCUCGGAUGCCCAUUUGGCCAGCCCGCUGAGUGGCCAAUCCCCGGUCGGCAGUUGCCUGUCACUGGCCGCCGUGGUGCCGGGCGGGUCUCCCACCUCGCCGGGGGGGUUCCCGGCGACCGGCGGCGGCGGCGGCGGCGGCGGCGGCGGCGGCGGCGGCGGUCCCGGGCUGGUGGUCAACACAAUCGGCCUGCCCCUGGCCGGCACGACCAUCGAAUCGCCCACCGGUGUCUUCCCUGAUGGGGUCUAUGCGCCGGAGAAUGAUCGUCUCAUGGUCGAGCGCAUGGAGGCCGGGGCUCUGAGCCGGAGCAUCGGCUCGGCCCUCAUCCGACACCGUCGCGCCAGCGCGGUGUUCGUUCCCGGAAUCAAUGUCUUCCCCGAGGGGGAGGUCGACGCGGGGCCCGGCGGGGUCAGUAGCAGCCUCAGUGCCAUGUCGUCCUCCUGGCGGUCUGGUCAGUCCCCGCCGUCGGUGGUGUCGGGCUUCGAGGACAUGGUCUGCCCCAAUGCGGGGGACGAAACCUGUUCCGAUGAGGAGUUCUGCCAGCAGCGGCUGGCGGCUCGUCGGGAACUCCCGCGUUUCACUGCUCCAUUGGAUGCCACCCUGGCUGGGCAGCAUCUGCCGCCGGUGGUUGCUCCGGCGGCCGGAGCUCCCCGGGGCACACCGCCACCUCCCCCGGUGCCGGCCCACCGGUCGACCUCCGACGGGGGGGUCUCCGUGCGUGGCCAGGUUCGGCCGCCGGCGUCCUGUGUCGGGCUCGAGCGCUUGGCGCCCCGGUCGGCCGUUUUUGCCCUGCGCGAUCUGGACUUGUCUGGCAAUCGAAUCGACGACCGGGCAGUCUUCUUCCUGUCGGAGUCGAUCUUCGCCCCUGGUGCCGGUGCUGUUGGCGCCGGCAGCGCCGAUGGCAGCCGGCAUCACUCGCCAAGCGGCCCGGGCCCCGGGCGCCACACCCCAGCCCGGGCUGUUGUUGCUUCCAUCGACCUGCGUGAAAACACCAUCACCGUCGACUCGGUCGACACACUGGUGAAUCAAAUCCACCUGGACCCGUUGGAUAUCGCCAGCGGCUCAGGUGCCCCGGUGCCCCCAGGCGACCGCAUGGCCAUCGAGCAGGGCUUCCACUUGCCGAUGGUGGAUGUCCGGCACAAUCACCUCUCCUCGCGGGAUGUCCGUCUGUUGACGUCGCUCGCAGCGGCAGGGACUCGGUCAUCCCUCGUUCGCAUCGUCUGAGAAGCGCGCGCUCUCUCUCUCUCUC